AUGGAAUUCUUCAACAAAUUCCAAUGCUUUGUUUUGUUUAUGUUCUUCAUGACCAGAGGUAGUCUGCAGUGCAGUCCUGGAACCCUUAAGGACAUUACUAUUGAACAAGUUAGAACCGGAGCGAAAAUUCAGAAUAAACCGGAGUGGAAAGUGACGGUCCACCAAAAAUGCCCCUGUAGCUUUACAAACGUGCAAGUACGUUGCCCUGGGAUUGAUUCUGUUGUUAAGCCCUCGCCUUUUAUUAUUUCCAAGUCCGGCCCAGGCUUGUGCCUGCUGAACAACGGGAACAGUUUACGAACAUUUGAUUUCACUUAUGGCUCGGAUCAACCGAUUGCUUUUGUUCCAUUUUCUUUCGAAGAAGCAUGCUCUUGA